AUGGACACGUAUGAUGUCAACCAGUGUGCAACUCAGUGCACGGCCAAGUAUGGAUGCUCAUCCUUUAACAUCUACUUUGAGCGUGAUCCUUCUAUCGAUCCUAACGAUGCCUCAUGCUCGAACCCUGCUGCGUUCACCAUGAUUAAAUGUGUAAUGUGGUCGGGCCAAGUGACUGCUGCAAAUGCCGUCAAUGUCGGUCAAUCACGUAGUGGAUUCUCAGUUGCCAUCGCCGGAAACAAUGGCUAUACCGGUGUCCCCUUUAGCAAAUUCGCUAUAAACGCACCCUAUGACGCUCAAGGUUAUAACACUAUGUUCAUUGGCAACUGGGACGUUACUCAAUGCUCAGAGUACUGCAAGGCUCAGACCACCUACAACAAGAACACGGCCCCUAAGGACGGCACUCCCUACAAGGCCUGUCGAUUCUUCAACACCUAUCUCCUGCAGGUCAAGAAGGCCGAUGGCACCAUCAUCCCCCAGGGACAGUACUGCUCGCUCUACACCGAAGCCUGGCCUGCAAAGUACGCUGUCAACAGCGGAUCGUGGCAAGGAAAGGACCAGUACACCAUCGACUACAGCUUUGGCUUCUCCAUGACUGACGCUGGUAUUGAUCCUACUGUCGGAGAUUCCAAUGGCGCCAAGUACCAAGCUGUCGCUGACAUCAAGUGGUCGUCCCUCCAGCCUUUCUGCUCAGCCUACCUUGGCUACACCAUUCCUCUCUCUACCAUCACCUCGACCGCCACCAUCACUCCUGUUGUGACUUCCACCUCAUACUCGACAACAACAGUUGCACCUAUGCGCAAGCGUGAUGGCACUGACUCUUUGUAUCCGGGACUUAGCAUGGAUUCUUCGGUCGGUACACUGGCUGUCAUCGAUGCCAAUGGUACCAAGUGGUACAAUCCAAACAUCACGGACCAAGGUCCUGAUGUAUCUCAAGUGAAGAAGCGCGAUGUGUCUGUGGCUAUUCCCGCGGGCCUUCCAACUUGUUCCAUGCAAGUUAAACCCGCAUCAUCUACCUCCAUCCUGACGACCUUCGCAACGGUCACUGGCGUCGUCAGCACCACAAUUGUAUCGGUGGUAUCUACUGCAACCUCUGCGCCACCCGUCGACAAUCUUGUUCUCAACAUCGCUGGGUCGGGAAACAACCCUGCCUCUUCGGGACCGCUCGAGUUCGUCAACCGAGCAGAUCCUCCCUAUGGCGUCGGCAACUUUCCCUACAUCAAUAUCCGCAACGUUCCAAAGUACGCUAGUCUUGUAAGGAAGACUGGAUUUUACAUUGAAUCGUCUACUGGUUAUCUUAAAGAUGACGUUGGCGGAGGACGCACGGCCGCGGUCUACGCACGUGUGUCCAGCGGAUCCCUCACGAGCAUAAACUUCCUCACUGCAGCCGAACUUGCUACAAACAUCUUCCACGCGCCUCUGAUUUGCACAGUAGCAGCAGCUCUACCGAGUGAAGUAAAGUGCUCUGUCAAAUCAUCAGAUGGUCUGAUCUUGAAGGACUUUGUAGGCAUAGGGCACAUCAACGAUUACAGCUAUUUCUACAUGUCUCAGCUCAACCAAGACAGCUACUACGGAAAGACUACGCUUACUCUCUCUGCACUGAAGUAA